CCCGGCCCCCAGGGGACUCGUCUGCUCAUCCAAGGAGCCCCGUGGAACCGGGGGGUGGCACCAGUGACCAGCCUGCCUCGAGGAGGCCCCAGCCAGACCAUGGCAGGCAUCUGUGACAGGGCCCCUGAGUUCCUAUCCCCAACUGGAAACCAGGCCCUGGAGCCUGCCCUGGGCAGUGUCGUGGCUCUGAACUGCACGGCCUGGGUGGUCUCUGGGCCUCACUGUUCCCCGCCCUCAGUCCAGUGGCUGAAAGACAGGCUGCCGCUGGGCAACGGGAGCCACUAUGACCUCCAUGAAGACUCCUGGGUCAAAAACAACUUUUCAGAGGUGCUUGUGUCCAGUGUUCUGGGGGUCAACCUGACCCGUGCUGAGGACUAUGGGGCCUUUACCUGCUCCAUCCGGAACGUCAGCUCCUCCCCCUUCACCCUUUGGAGAGCUGGCCCAGCAGGCCACGUGGCCGCGGUGCUGGCCUCACUCCUGGUCCUGCUGGUCUUGCUCCUGGCGGCCUUGCUCUACAUGAAGUGUCGACUCAGUGUGCUGCUCUGGUACCAGGACGCCUAUGGGGAGGUGGAGAUGAACGACGGGAAGCUCUACGACGCCUACGUCUCCUACAGCGACAGCCCCGAGGACCGGAAAUUCGUGAACUUCAUCCUGAAGCCGCAGCUCGAGCGCCGGCGGGGCUACAAGCUCUUCCUGGAUGACCGCGACCUCCUGCCGCGCGCGGAGCCCUCCGCCGACCUCCUGGUGAACCUGAGCCGCUGCCGGCGCCUCAUCGUGGUGCUGUCGGACGCCUUCCUCGGCCGGGCCUGGUGCAGCCACAGCUUCCGGGAAGGCCUGUGCCGGCUGCUGGAGCUCACGCGCAGACCCAUCUUCAUCACCUUCGAGGGCCAGAGGCGCGACCCCGCGCACCCCGCGCUCCGCCUGCUGCGCCAGCACCGCCACCUGGUGACCCUGCUGCUCUGGAGGCCCGGCUCCGUGGCGCCGUCUUCAGACUUUUGGAAAGAGCUGCAGCUGGCGCUGCCGCGGAAGGUGCGGUACAGAGCCGCGGAGGGAGACCCCCAGACGCGGCUGCAGGACGACAAAGACCCCAUGCUCAUCGCACAAGGCCGCGUCCGGGAGCGCGGGACCCUGAGUCUGGAGCAGGACCCCGACCCUGAGGGGGACCUGGGUGUCCGGGGGCCCGUCUUUGGGGAGCCAUUAGCUCCACCACAUGCCAGUGCGGUCUCGCUGGGAGAGGGCCGGGGCAGUGAAGUGGAUGUCUCAGACCUCGGCUCCCGCAACUACAGCGCCCGCACGGACUUCUACUGCCUGGUGUCCGAGGAUGACGUGUAGCCCCCGCCGGCCCAAACAGCAAGUGCUCCAAGGACCGCUGGGCGCUGGGUGGGCUGGGAUCUUUCUCCUCUUAGCAGGACUACCAGCCCUGAGACCCUCAGGCAAGGGAGCUGCUCCAUUGUGCCUCCUUGUGCCAGAAAAUAAAGUCCUUUUAGAUCCUG